UUGUUCUUCUCCCCCCGGGAGCCCGUGCGCAGCCCGCGUCUUCCUCCGUCCGCUUCCCUGUGUCUCGUCUGUUUCCGCCUCUGCCUCUUUGUUUCUGCGUCUUGGCGCCUCUGCCUCCUCGCGUCCCACGCAGCAUCUCUGUCUCUGCGUUUCUAUGGCGUGUGUCUCUGUCUCUCCCUCCCUUUGUCUCUCUCUCUCUCCCUCUGCCUAUGUUCUGUCUCUUUCUCUUGGCGCUUCUCUUGGUCUCUGAUCUCGUCUCGCCAGAAGCGCCAUCCCCCACCGGGGCAUUGUCCCUUUUCCCCAGGACUUUCUCAGGGCUCUCCCUGGGCCCUGACUCACUCAUCCCCGCCCGGCGGGUCUGGCCUGGCAGGCAUCAACAUUUAUGAGCCAGCACCCCCUACUGGUCCCACGCAGCGGCCCCUGGAGGCUCUGGGGAACUUCCAUGGGUGGUACAUUAGGACUGAGAAGCUCCCGCACGACCUCAGCUGGACGGUGAAGCAGCAGUGUGUGGAUCUGCUGGCCGAGGGCCUGUGGGAAGAGCUGCUUGAUGACCAGCAGCCAGACAUCACCGUCAUGGACUGGUAUGAAGACAGCCGGCUGGACAUGUGUGUCUAUGAGCUGCACGUCUGGCUACUGGCAGCUGACCGCCGCACGGUCAUUGCGCAGCACCAUGUGGCCCCCCGGACCUCAAGGAGAGGUCCCCCCAGCUACUGGAUCCAGGUGUCCCACGUAUUCCGCCGGUAUGGCCCCGGAGUGCGCUUUGUCCACUUCCUGCACAAAACAAAGAACCGGAUGGAGCCUGGUGGGCUGCGGCGGACAAGGGUGACUGACUCUUCUGUGUCUGUGCAGUUCAGGGAGUGACCGGCUGGCUCGGAGCCUGUUCUGACCCCUUGUUUGAUCUAUCCACCCCUUGACACCAAACUCAGCACCUCGCUGACCCUUAGAUGUCCCUGACCCUUAGAUGUUCCUGACCCUCAGCACCUCCCUGACCUUCUGGGACCACCAAGCUCUCUUGGCCCUCCCCUGAUGCUCAGUACCACCCUGUUCCUUCGGGACCCCUCAGCUCCUCCUGCCACUGGGUGCCUUGAUCCUGCCCGACCCUUGACUUCUCAUUUGACAUUGUCACCCAAGCUUGAAUGUGUGACUCUUUGGCAUUUCCCCUGCGCUCUCUGGGCCCAACAGGGCAGCGGCCACUUCUCCCUGAGUCAGUGCUUGACAUGGGUGCUCAAUAAAUCCUUGUUGACUGUA